GGCGCGGGGAGCCGGCUUGGGCCGCGGGAGCCGCGCAAUGACUACGCUCCGAGCUUUUACCUGCGACGACCUGUUUCGCUUCAACAACAUUAACUUGGAUCCGCUUACAGAAACUUAUGGGAUUCCUUUUUACUUGCAAUACCUUGCCCAUUGGCCAGAGUAUUUCAUCGUUGCAGAGGCGCCUGGCGGGGAGCUAAUGGGUUAUAUUAUGGGGAAAGCAGAAGGCUCAGUGGCAAGGGAAGAAUGGCACGGGCAUGUCACAGCGCUGUCUGUUGCCCCAGAAUUCCGACGCCUUGGUUUGGCAGCUAAACUUAUGGAGUUAUUAGAAGAGAUUUCAGAAAGGUUAGCAGCAAUUUUGUUUUCAGCUCACAGUAGUCCUCAGAAUAAUACUGUCAGGUCUACUGGGUGGAAGCCAUACACCUAUGUUUUACAUGUGUUAAUAUUUGGAUACUUACAUUACCUUUGCUUCCUAACAGAUAUGAGGAAAGCACUAUCCAGAGACACAGAGAAGAAAUCUAUCAUACCAUUACCUCAUCCUGUGAGGCCUGAAGACAUUGAAUAACCAUGGGCAGUGGUUCUUAGGCAGAUGCUCCAUCCAGAUGGUUUAUUUAAAAUAUUAAUUCUUAUUGGAUCUUUUCUCCAUUAGGAGAAAACAAUCAUUUAGGUCUCAAGGACAUCAACAAAAUACAAGUUAACUUAUUUUAUAUCUCAUUGUUUCCAAUUAGCAAUAUUAUACUUACCAAAGUUGUUCAAAGGAACCCUGGUGGCAUAAUGGCUUUGUAAGAUGCGCUGCUGCUAACUAUACAGUUGGUGGUUCAAACCCAUAAAUAUUAUAGCUUAGAAAACUGUGUUAUGGGGCAGUUGUACUGUCUUAUAGGGUCACUCUGAAUUGGAAUCAAAUCACUGUAAAAAGUUGAUCAAAAAGGUAGCCGAGUCAGGAGACAUUCCACCAUCUUGAUUUGUAAUACUCACUAAAUGCCUACAGAAAAACUUGCUCCAAUUUUCUCCUAGAUACUAUGUCUGAGAACCACUGCUGCUUAUAUUUUUUAUAUUCAACUGUUGAAGUUUUAAAAGCAUAGAUGAAAUGUAUAAAUAUAAGAUGUAUAGUAAAAUAUACUGUUUGACCUACAAAUGUUUUCUGGAAGUUUGUUUAAGGUUUGUGAGUUCUCAAAUUAUUGUACAUCUUAAUGUGAUUUUAUUUUUGGAAACCUGAGACAAUCGUGGCCCACAUGGACGUUUCGUUCUUGUAAAUUCUUCCUAAUUACUUGUUAUCUUAGUCGGUCCCUCGUCUUUGUAAAGUCUCAUAAUACAUUGUAUAAAUGUUGCUUUUCUAUAUGUAAAGAUGCAGAGAUAUUUUUAAGGGGGGGAGCACCCAAAUCCUCAAGAAAAGUCAUGUAACUGGAUUUUAAACUAUGCAUCUAUUUUCAUAUGUAAUUUCAUCACCUAUAAUAAUUGAAUAUCCAGUGAAUGAAAGAAAAAACCCCACAAAGAAUGAUUUUUAUAUAAAGGUUUUUACUAUCGAAAAGACUUAUUUUGGUAAAGUUGGGGUGAUUAUGGAGGUGAAUUCCAUGAUUCCCACUAAACUUCCGCUUUAUGCUUAUAGUUAGUUUCAAAAAAACCCAAAAAACAGUAUGUUUUGUUCUCCAGUAAUUGAAUAACUUUCCUUCAUUCCUUUCACACUGGUGCCUAUCAGAAACUUUUCAGAAUUUACAUUGAGUACAUGAACAGUGAUUGUUUUUCUUUAUGCACACAUAUAACAGGAUAAUUAUAAAAAGACUCCAUGACAAGUUAGGUUUUUGACCUGCUUUCAUAUAUCAUCCUUUGACUUAGUCAAAACAAAGGAUAUUACCAUAUAUACUACAGUGAGUAUAAGCCGACCUGAAUAUCAGCCGAAGUACCUAAUUUGACCACAAAAACAGCAUUAAAAAUGUGCUGAAAAACUAGGCUUAUAUGAGUAUAUACGGUAAAUUCUUACUACUAAACAGUAACAAAACUGACAUCCUACCAGCAGACAUUGUCCAGUGAGCAUAGAUAGUUCUACUUCUGCCCUUAAGCACUGAAUCUUAUUUUAAUGCUAUAAUUUAUCUAUUUCUUUUGCAGUGAGUACUCAAUUUGCAGGUUUAAAAUUGCUCCAGUUCUUUGUAUGAAAAGCAUUCUUGAAGACACAAGUGCUAAAUAGCAUGGGCAAUGAACAAAAAGAGAAAUGUGCUUGAGAAAUACAGGCCAACUACAAGAAACAGGUACCAGGGGCAGUAAAUUCAGACCAAUAUUUUUGGUUGAGAAUGUGAGCACAGGUAUCAGCAAAUAUUAAAUAUUUGCUACUUUAAUUUUUUAACACACCUGUGUGUUUUUAUAUAUACAUAUGCUUUAAAAGUUGUUUAGUGUGAUGUGUGAUGAGUGUAUUUUCUCUUAUGGCACAUAUUGGGAGUAUCAUGAGGAACAACUGGAGAACAUGUUAUAUGGCAGAAUUCCUAGAGAUUCAUAACAUCAUGUGGCAUAUCAAAGGCUUAGAAACUUAGCUAUUAAAAGACUUGACUCAAGACUUCCUUAUACCA